GCGGGCGCUAAGCUGGGGCCGCGACUCGCUGAGGCGGUGACGCGGCGAGCCGGGAGCCCCGCGGCCCGGCCGGAGGAGGCACGGGCAGGCCUAAGCGGCGGGGCGCGCCGCCUGGCCGGCGGGGAUGCGGGACCGGCUGCCCGACCUGACGGCGUGUCGGAAAGAUGAUGAUGGAGACACAAUUGUUGUUGAAAAGGACCAUUUUAUGGAUGAUUUCUUCCAUCAGGUUGAAGAGAUUAGAAACAGCAUCGCAAAGAUAGCCCAGGACGUGGAAGCCGUGCAGAAGGACCACAGCAUCAUUCUGUCCGCACCAAACCCCGAAGGAAAAAUAAAAGAAGAGCUUGAAGAUCUGAACAAAGAAAUCAAGAAAACUGCCAAUAAAAUUCGAGCCAAAUUAAAAUCCAUUGAACAAAGUUUUGAUCAGGAUGAGAGUGGAACCCGAACUUCUGUGGAUCUUCGGAUACGAAGAACCCAGCAUUCAGUGCUGUCUCGAAAGUUUGUGGAAGUCAUGACGGAGUACAACGAAGCACAGACUCUGUUUCGGGAGCGCAGCAAAGGCCGCAUACAGCGCCAGCUGGAGAUCACUGGGAGGACGACAACCAAUGAGGAGCUGGAGGAGAUGCUGGAGAGCGGGAAGCCUUCCGUCUUCAUCUCCGACAUUCUAUCAGACUCGCAGAUUACUAGACAAGCUCUCAAUGAGAUUGAGUCGCGCCACAAAGACAUCAUGAAGCUGGAGAGCAGCAUCCGGGAGCUGCACGAGAUGUUCAUGGACAUGGCCAUGUUCGUCGAGACACAGGGUGACAUGAUCAACAACAUAGAAAAAAACGUUAUGAAUGCUGCGGACUAUGUAGAACGUGCUAAAGAAGAAACUAAGAAAGCUAUUAAAUAUCACAGCAAAGCCAGAAGGAAAAUGAUGUUCAUUAUUAUUUGUGUAAUUAUUUUGCUUGUGAUCCUUGGAAUUAUCCUAGCAACAACGUUGUCCUAGCAACCGUUUCCCAAGAGCUGUCUAUCCCUGGAGACCCAGACCACAUCAGCAACAAAAUCCACAUCCUGUCCUUUGAUGAAGGCAUCGCAGCCACUGUGACGUUGACACUGGCUCCUGUGUCAGUGGAGCACAGCAGGGUGUGUUCAGGGAAAGCCCCACGGGCAGGUGGGUGCUCGGAGGGAGCCCCAGCGUCCUGGGACUCCGAGCCGCACGCCGCGGAUGCUUAACAAUGUGAAACCUGUCUCAGUGGCCUUGAAAUAAGGAAUUAUUGAAAAUUUCAAUUUUUAAAAACAUUUCAGUGUUAAAAAUGUAAGUGAAGUUUUGAUUAGGAAUACUUUAGGUUAUGAAGCUGUUAGAUUUCUGGUCUAAGGCUUUCUCUUCCGCCUCUCCCAGCUAAUAUGUGCUAAUAAGAUAUUUUUUGUACUGUGUUUAAUUUGUGUUUAGGUCUUGUUUGCAGAAAUAGUUUUCACUAUCACAGAAUUGUUUUGUAAGAUACCUGUAAUUUUGAGCAUUUGUAAGUGUUUGAUACAUUAAUGUCGUCAUUACCCUGCUUUUCUGUGCUCACUGUUGCCUUCUGAGUGAAGUAGGAGGCUUCAUGACGCUAGCGCCGUCAUUGCCCGUUGUUUACAGCUUGGCUGGUGUCGCAGGAACACUGGCUGCACGGCCCUUAGAACUCCCGCCAAGUGCCUUUGUUCGUGCUGACUCGCAGGUCCCCCAGAAAACUCCGGAUGAUUGUAUUUAGCUCCAUUUCUAUGUCCCACCACCCGCGAUAAUAAACACCUAGUUACUGCUCUGGAAA